AUGCUCAAGUCGAGCGUGAAGAUUUUCGGCGUUACUUUCUCCAAGGAAAUCAACCUCAGUCAGUGGUAUCAGAAUGUAGAAAUCAAAGCAGAGCUUAGACCUAUGAAUCUAACGCGAUUGAUAGAAGCGCCUGCGAUGCAUGUCUGGGGCACUAUUCACAUGUGGUUUCAAGAAAGGAUUCAGGGCAUGGGAGUCGAGGAAUCGAGUUUCCUAGCGGGAGACAAAGAUCUCGAAGUGCCCGUCGCCGUCUGCCCGACCGCUGAAGCGGACCUUCCCUUCCGUCUCAGCCAAUGGAAUUCGCUCGCUGCAGAAGAAGCGCUUCAAAUCCUAGAACUCUACGCAGGUGUCUAUGAGCAAUUUCUGGCGGUUCCUGUAGUACGCGGGAGGAAGGCGGAGAACGAUAAAUUUGCUGGUGGCUACUGGACUUCAACUUGCGAGGCAUAUAUUUCAACAAAUGACCGUGGGAUCCAGGGCACGACUUCUCAUGCUCUUGGCAAGAACUUCAGCAAGAUGCCCGAUAUUACAGUUGAUGAUUCAGACAAAAACAAACGAGAGAGCCAGAUGGCCCAAGUCACAGAUUUGAGAGCUUGUUUGAAGAAGGUAAACGUUCCCGUCCAUGUUAGUGAUCACGAGGGAUACUGCAAGUUCGCAGAUUGGGAUUUGAAAAGAGUACCCCUGCGCCUUGAAUUUAAUCUUAUAGAUGCCGCCACCUCAGUAGUGAGCUAUAUGCGCCGCGAAACUGGCGCUAAGGGGGCUAUUUCUAUUCACGAGCUCGCUACUCAAGUUCCUGGAAUGCUUGAGACGAUACAACAGGAAAUUUAUAACAAGGCUAACGCGUCUUUUAAAUCACACGGGCUGAUUUUAGCUGACUGGGCUAAAGUCGUCCUGACAUUAGACGCUCGAAACGUCGUCUUAAUUCCGUUCUGUGAGGAACCAAAGUGUGAGGAGCGAAUCAAAGAGAAUACAAAAGGUGAAGACGAGCCGGACGGCCUUGUGAAAGGCGAGGCGAAGUGCAUGAAUCCACUGUGUGGAAUGGUCGCAAAGUCGUGGACGAUGUUCGGUCGCAGUUACCAGCGGAUGUAUUCAAAGUGCUUGAGUUGUUUUUAG